AUGAAGGAACAUUCUGCCAAUGUCUCUACUUUGUCCAGGGUCGUUUCUUACUCUAUUGAUGCCUGCAAGGCAACGACUGAAAAAGUCGAUAAACUAAUUGCUGACAAAUUUUCAUUUAUGGAGGAUCACAAGAGCACAUACAACGCCAACACAGUGCUUGUGAACAAGUCUAUUAAGAAUGUUGGCACCUUGUUCCAAAUGGAAAAGGUGAACUUUGUUGAGCUUCUCAAGGCGCUUCAGUUUGAUCACGAAGCAUUCCAGUCUUCUAUCAAUGUGAAAAUCACAAACUUCAGGAGGAUUUGGCAACGGAAAUAA